AUGUCAAACGAUGCACGUCAAAAGAAUUACAAACAUCGAGGUCUUGACAGUGAAGAGCUACGUAAAAGACGAGAAGAUUUAAAUGUCACCUUGCGCAAACAAAAACGAGAAGAACAGCACUUUAAACGACGAAAUUUAGCAAGUACGAAUGAGCCAGAAACAACAAGUCCGUUUGGUGUGUCCGGUGCUGGCACUCAAUCAACUGGACCUUCAGAACCGGUUAUUACCAGUCAGAUGGUUGCAGCUUUGUUUGGCGAAGAUACACAACAAAUGCUCGAAGCCACAAUUCGAUUUCGUAAAUUACUUUCUAAAGAGCCCAACCCACCUAUUGAUGAAGUUAUUACUGCGGGUAUUGUUCCUCGCUUCGUCGAAUUAUUAAAAUUUCAACAUUUUCAAAUACAAUUCGAAGCUGCGUGGGCUCUAACAAACAUUGCGUCGGGAAAUUCAAGUCAAACUAAAUAUGUCAUCGAUGCCGGCGCCGUACCAGUUUUUGUUCAAUUGCUAAGCAGUGCCAACGAAGAUGUUCAAGAACAGGCCGUUUGGGCUUUAGGAAACAUCGCUGGUGACAGUCCGGAAUGUCGCGAUUAUGUUCUUGAUACAGGCGUUCUCCAACCAUUAUUAAAUAUAUUCUCACGAAAUACACGUUUAACAAUGGUACGAAAUGCUGUUUGGUGUUUAUCGAACUUGUGCCGUGGCAAGAAUCCCGCUGUGGAUUUCAAUAAAGUUUCAGGAGCAUUGCCUGUUCUCAGUCGUUUGCUUUACAAUCUUGAUUCAGAUGUCUUGGCUGAUACAUGUUGGGCUAUUUCAUAUUUAUCUGACGGACCGAACGAGAAAAUCCAAGCGGUUAUUCAAGCUGGUGUCACAACACGACUCGUUGAAUUAUUAGCACAUCCGAUUUUGAAUGUACAAUCAUCUGCUCUGCGUGCUGUCGGAAAUAUUGUUACUGGUGAUGAUCAACAGACACAACUUGUUCUCGAUGCCGGUGUGCUUCCACAUUUGCUGACAUUGCUUCAAAGUCAAAAGGAAUCAAUCAAAAAGGAAGCUUGUUGGACUCUAUCAAAUAUAACAGCUGGAAUUCAAAGUCAAAUUCAAGCUGUUAUCGACGCAAACAUCUUUCCAUCACUGAUCAACAUUCUCAAACAUGGUGAUCAUAAAACUCGAAAGGAAGCGGCAUGGGCUGUCACGAAUGCAACAUCAGGCGGCACUCCACAACAAAUCAAAUAUGUGAUUGAUCAAGGUGCAAUUCCACCUUUGUGUGAACUAUUGAGUGUGACAGACACGAAAAUUAUUCAAGUAGCUUUUAAUGGCUUGGAGAAUAUUCUUAAAUUGGGUGUUGCUGAAGCCAAACGCACCAAUGGGCCCAAUCCCUAUGCAAUUAUGAUCGAAGAGUGUUUUGGUCUCGAUAAAAUCGAAUAUCUACAAAGUCAUGAAAAUAUUGAAAUCUAUCAGAAAGCAUUUCACAUCAUAGAAACAUACUUUGGCGUUGAUGAAGAUGAAAAUCUUCCUCAACAAGGCGAAUCCGCACCAUUCGAAUUUGGCACAACGAAUAAUCAAGUCGCAUCAUCAACUAAUGGACAAAUGAAUCCAACCGGUGUGAAUAGCAAUCCACAAUCGACAAAAGGUCAAUUUCAAUUUUGA